AUGCAUCCAAUGCACAUGUAUUUCUCAAUGGAAUCAUUUCAACCUUACUACAAAUACAUUCUUUUCCAAAAUUGGAAUGCUGAUACCGAUUGGAAGUAUGCUUUAUCAUUUUUAGGAGUGUUUUUAUUGGCAUUCUUCAAUCAGUCGAUAUAUUUCUCACUUCACUUUCAAGUUGAUGAGAAGAGGAGAAGAAUUCUUCACUAUCUAGUUUCAUAUAUUGUAAAACCGAUUGGUUUCUUUGUGGAAAUGAGCAUUGGAUAUUUACUCAUGUUGGUUUCAAUGACGUAUAACUUUGGAUUGUUCAUGGCAAUAAUUGUUGGUAACUUUAUUGGAUAUAUCAUCUUCCAAAUGUUGAUUUCUGAAUAUUUGGAACGUAAACAAGCAAGAACCAGUGAAGAAGAAGUGGAAAGGCAAUCGCUUACCAACCUUAAGGUCGGAGAAGAAUCGGAACCAAAGAAGCCUUGUUGUAAGAAACAAAACGUAAUAAAUUAG